UCAAUGUAAAUUGAAGUACCAGUUGUAUAUUAAUUUGAAUGCUUUCGUAAGGGAAAGAAUGGAAACAAGAAAUAUAUUGGAAUAUUAAGACAAGAUAGAUUGGAUUUAUGUAAGGUAUAAUACCUUAAAAACAAUGAAAUUUUAGGAUAACCAACCAAAUUUUAAGUAUUCUUUGCCAAUUUAACUUUAAACACAUAUAAAGUGGGAAGUAGAAGAGGACAAUUAAGAAGGGAAAAAGCAUUACAAAAUAGUCUCAUUCAAAUUUUAAUAAGUUGUCAAAUUCAUUCUUACAUUCAUUAGGUUAAACAAAUAAACGAAAACCAUGUUGCCAAAAUAACUACUUUUUGUGGAGAUGAAAAAACUUUAGCAACAUUAAAAGAACAUUUGAGAAAUAAGAUCAUCUUUUAAAGAAUUCAAGACUUUUAUACACCUCUCUAAACAUUAGGAAAAGGGGCCUCAUCUAGAGUUUUAUUGGUGAGACAUAAGAAUACAGAAAAUUAUUAUGCAGCAAAAUGCGUUGAUAAAUCAUAUGUUAAUGAAACAGAAAAUGGAAUUGUAUUAGUUUAAACAUAAAAUAGGAAUCAAUGUUUUAAGAAAUAGCAAUUAAUAAUGAUCUAGAUCAUCCUUCUUUUAUAAAAUUGCAUGCAGUUUAUGAAGGAGACAAUACAUUUUAUAUGAUUAUGGAUUUAUUAGAAGGGAAAAGCUUGCAUGAAGAAUUAAAUAAUCAUAAGAAUGGAUUUUCUGAAGAUAUAGUAAGGAAUAUUAUGUGGGUAAUAGAAUUAAUAUUUAUUAAGUAAAUUCUAUCUGGAAUUGAAUAUAUGCAUGAAAAAUAAAUUAUGCAUAGAGAUUUAAAACCUGAAAAUAUAAUGCUACUGAGAAAAGAUGAUUUGAAUUCUCUUAAAAUUGUUGAUUUUGGUUUAGCUACAUACUGUAAUGUAAAUAAGUAUAAAAUAUAAUAAUUAAUCAGAUAUUUAUUUCCUAAAUGUGGAACACCUGGUUAUGUUGCUCCAGAGAUAGCUAAUCUUACUGAUAAAACUUUAAAAUAUGAUAAGGUUUGUGAUAUUUUUAGUGCUGGUGUGAUAUUUUUUAAAUUGUAAGUUCUAUCUUAAUUAUAAGAUUAACAGGAAAAGAUCUAUUUCCAGGAGUAGGAUUUAAUUUAGUUUUGAAAUUAAAUAAAUAAUGUAAAAUUGAUUUAACUCCUUUACAAAUGAAAAAAAUUGAUCCUUUUAUAACUGUAUUUAUUUUUACCUAAAUUUUCAGACUUUAAUACAAAAAAUGCUUGAAAAGGAUCCAGCUGAAAGAAUAACUGCUACUUAAUGUUUAUAAGAUCCAUUCUUUAUUCCUUGUUAUUAAGAAAGUGGUAUCUAAGGACCAGCUAAAUUAACAGCCUUCCAAAAAAAGCAAAUGUUUUCUACAUGUGGAAAAGCUUUCACUACUGAAUUUAAAAAUGAAAAUUAAAAAGGAAGUCCUUAAGAUAGAAUUGAAAAUAAAGGAUCAUUUGUAACAUAAGAGACUACUUAUAAACCAAUUUAACAAAACUAAUAGAAAAUUAUAUAAAAAUUUAAUACUACAGAAUUUGAUCAUAUUGAUCCUACUUAAAGUCCAUCUAUGGAUCAAGUAAAGAAAAAAUUUUAAAAAGGGGAUCCUAUUGAAGAAGAAGAUGAAAAAUGA